AUGGACAGCAAAGGUUCGUCGCAGAAAGGGUCCCGCCUGCUCCUGCUGCUGGUGGUGUCAAAUCUACUCUUGUGCCAGGGUGUGGUCUCCACUCCCGUCUGUCCCAAUGGGGCUGGCAACUGCCAGGUGUCCCUUCGAGAUCUGUUUGACCGGGCAGUCAUGGUGUCCCACUACAUCCAUAACCUCUCCUCGGAAAUUUUCAACGAAUUUGAUAAACGGUAUGCCCAGGGCAAAGGGUUCAUUAGCAUGGCCCUCAACAGCUGCCAUACCUCCUCCCUUCCUACCCCUGAAGACAAAGAACAAGCGCAACAGACCCACCAUGAAGUCCUUAUGAGCUUGAUUCUUGGGUUGCUGCGCUCCUGGAAUGACCCUCUGUAUCACCUAGUCACAGAGGUGCGGGGUAUGAAAGGAGCCCCAGAUGCUAUCCUAUCGAGGGCCAUAGAGAUUGAGGAAGAAAACAAACGACUUCUGGAAGGCAUGGAGAUGAUCUUUGGCCAGGUUCUUCCUGGAGCCAAAGAGACAGAGCCCUACCCUGUGUGGUCCGGACUCCCUUCCCUGCAAACCGAGGAUGAAAAUGCGCGUCAUUCUGCUUUUUAUAACCUGCUCCACUGCCUGCGCAGGGAUUCAAGCAAGAUUGACACUUACCUGAAGCUCCUGAAUUGCAGAAUCAUCUACAACAACAACUGCUAA